AUGACACGAAUUGUUGUAGAACUUCCAUCUAUCACAAAGAAAAUCCUUUGGCCGCAAUGGCUAACAGGAAUUACAAUUUCACUUGCUGUACUUACGGCCGGUCUCUCCAAUGGAUGGACAUCACCAUCUUUAGCUCAACUCACCUCUCCAGAUGCUAAGACCUCGCUAAAACUUUCUGACUCUGAAGCAUCUUGGGUGGCAUCCUUAUUAAACUUGGGUAGAUUUGUAGGUUCGAUAGUUGGUGCGAUUAGUCAAGGAUUAAUUGGUAGAAAAAAGACUCUUUUAAGUUCUAUAGUGCCCCUUACAAUCGGCUGGACAUGUAAAAUUAUUGCAAAUUCAGUAACCUGGCUCUAUAUUGCAAGAUGUUUUUGUGGCAUUGCUUCAGGGAUGAUCUGGACUACACUUUCCCUCUAUUUAGGCGAGGUUUCUGACUCUAGCAUUCGUGGCUCUUUGAUAUUCAUGAAUUCAAAUGCAGCAUUCAUUGGCGCAUUUUUGGGCAACAUAAUGGGCACUCAUUUACCUUUGGAAAGAUUCGGUUACGUUAGUUUGAGUCUCGGUGCACUAUUUUUUAUAAUUUUCUUUUUCAUCCCGGAAUCACCAUAUCAUUAUAUGGCAAAAGGUGAUUUUGAACGUGCUGAAGCUUCACUAAAAUGGUUCAAACGUGAAGUUGAUGUUUCAAAAGAUAUCCAAGAACUUAAAGAUUUUGUCGGAAAGACUGAGACAAAUCUUUUAACACGGUUGAAAGAAUUUAAAAAACCUCAAAAUCGCAACAAUGUUAUUAUUAUGGGUAUGCUUAAUUUUUUUCUAUACGGAUGUGGUCAUAACACUAUGAAUUAUUAUGCGGAAAUCAUUGUAACAAAAAGCAAAGUAAACUUUUCUCCUAGCACUAUUGUAAUAGCUCUCAGUCUAUGUACAAUAGUAGCUUGCUCAACAGCAGCAAUUGUUGUUGAUAGAUUUGGAAGACGUUUCCUUUUGAUAGUUUCCAGUCUAGGAACAGCGUUAUCAUUGACGCUUCUCGGUCUUCAUUUUCACCUCUUAUCUUUGAAUAUUGAGCCUACUUUUACCUGGUUGCCUAUUUUUUCGCUUUUUCUUUAUAAUUUUUCUAUUAGCAAUGGAUUAGUUCCAGUUCCCAAUGCUCUGGUUAGUGAACUUUUUCCACCUAAUUUAAAAACAAUGGCAUCCUUAUACUUUAGUGGAGGUUCAGCUCUAUUGUCUUUUAUUACAGCAAGAACAUUUCAGCCAUUAGUUAAUAUUAUGAGUGAAAAAUAUGUAUUCUGGAUUUUUGCACUUAGUGCAUUUAGUGCGGCACCAUUUACAUAUAUUUAUAUAACAGAAACCAAAGGUCAAACUCUUGUUGAAAUACAAAAUAAUGCUGAUAAGAAGCAUAAAAUUAAUAUCAUUGAGUCUAAUUGA